CCAGAACUUCAUUAAUAUACGUAGUGAGAGGUAUUCGCCCGAUCUUCGAAACCGAAAAAAGCACGUACUCGACUACCUGCAUAUAUUCUCCAAAUUGAUUAGUUUUUGAUUAAAGCCAAAUUGCUGAUAUCUAUUCAAUAAUAAUGACCACCCACGCAGAACAAGUAAGUGCGAAACGGCUGAAUUUGGAAAAAGCUACGAAUUUCAUGAGACAAUUCAGAGAUCCUCAUUCCCGGGAACUGAAAAAGUUGUCGGCUAAUCAGUUCAUGGAGGUCUGGAGCCAUUACGAUAAAGACGGUAAUGGUUAUAUUGAAGGCGUGGAGUUAGAUGGAUUUUUACGAGAAUUUGUUUCAAGUGCCAAUAUUUCAGAUGUAGGACCAGAAGUAGUAUCUGAUGAAAUGUUGGUAGAACUUAAAUCCUGCUUCAUGGAGGCGUACGAUGACAAUCAGGAUGGUAAAAUAGAUAUUCGAGAGCUCGCUCAGCUUUUACCGAUGGAGGAGAAUUUUCUGCUCUUGUUUCGGUUCGACAAUCCCUUGGAGUCCAGUGUGGAAUUUAUGAAGAUUUGGAGGGAAUACGACACUGAUGGCAGUGGCUACAUUGAAGCUGACGAACUAAAAAAUUUCCUUCGAGAUCUUUUAAAAGAAGCUAAAAGAAAUGAUGUCUCAGAAGAUAAAUUGAUCGAAUAUACCGAUACAAUGUUACAAGUUUUCGACUUCAAUAAAGACGGCAGACUACAGUUAUCGGAGAUGGCAAAGUAA